AUGAACAAGCAUGGAGGAGCAAGUUUUGAAUCCUGUGGAACGUCGCCACUCAAUUCUGGAAAGCCAUUUUCACCAAAACUGGCUAGAAGCCGUGAACUCAAAUUUGAAUUGAAAGCACUGUUGUACAGCGUAUCAAAUUCGAUGAUUUCAGAUUACAUGUUUGCGCCUAGGAGUCUCCUGUUUCACAACUCCAACAUAACUUCCAACUCAGCAGCCACAAAUUACGUCAAACACUUUUUCAAGAAGAGGAGGAAGACGAGGACAGCAUUCACCCACCACCAACUCCUCCAGCUGGAAAACAGAUUCCGCCACCAGAAGUAUCUGACGCCUGUCGAUCGAGAUGAGAUUGCCUCCCAGCUCAACCUCUCAAAUUCGCAGAUCUGUGGAGCACAGUGCUUGAGAAAACGAAAUGUUUGCUUCAGGGCCGGUUUAAGCUUUACGCAUGCCCUAGACAAAGUGAUCACGUGGUUUCAAAACAGAAGGGCCAAGUUAAAAAGGGACUUGGAGGAAUUAAAGGCGGAUGUGAAGGCGGCAAAGUCGUUGGUCAACUCACCGAUCGACAACUUUUCACAUUUAGAAAAAUUAUUCAAAGUCAACGAAGGACUAAAAGAUGAAUGA